CCUUGUCACACAAUAACCUAUUUCUUAUUUUAGAAUUACUGUAAAAUAACUACAUACUAUAUUGAAGCCCAGCUUCUUAUGUACUUUUAAAUUCAAUGUUGUAUGCGAGAAAAUGUUCAAAAAAUGUAACAAACAUUCUCUUUAGAUAAUUCACUAGUUGCGGAUACUUUUAUACAGUUUCUUAUACUGAAAAUCAGACGAAAUUUGAAAAUCAUCUUCCAAACAUUCGAAGAUGGUUUUUCAAACCCGCAUUCAAUAGUGAUAAAAAAAGAUGAAAACACCAUAAAACGGGGUGAAAUGUGUCUCACCGUUGCCAAAAUUUCUACGUCUCCCGAAGAGACAUUAAAAUUUUUAAAAGCGGAGGUAAGAGAUGAGACACAGGAGGAGACGCAGCCAAUGAUUUUACUGUUUGGGCGCAGUGGGUCAGGAAAGACUUCCACCGUCUUUGGAAGAGAAGGAUGUGAAUUUCCCGGCCUGGCGCGAUCUUGGUUUCCUGCUGGCACUAACAUUGAAAUGAGAAUGAUGGAGUUCAAGAACGGAUAUUUUUUGGAUCUAGUCCAAAGAUGGGCACAUGGCGAUUUUGUUGGGUCCAAAGAACGAAUUUCGAAUUUGACCUGGACCAGUUUGGACAAUAUUAUCCAUAUCGAGAAAUUUCAAAGCCGGAUAGCAACGGCCAACAACUGGCAAUCGUCGCGCGGGUUUAUUUGGUUGGAGUUGAGGAACAAGGAUAUAACGCCUUCAAGAAAAAUUAUUAUCAUCGAUAUGCCCGGUACGGAGAACGCCGUUGCGCACGAUUGGCAAGAAGACGAUGACAUUAAACAAAUUCUUAGAAUUAAUUCGCAGUUUAUAAUGACCAAUUUAAAGCGGUUCACAGAAAUAAUCCGUAACGCGUACAAUACCCUGGGGGAAAAGAGUAUUUUUCAACCGUUAGUUGACAGGGUUCAGAGCAGGACUAGAUUUGAAAAUAUAUUUUUGAUUGUUUGCGCCGCUAGUCCUUUAACUUACGGGAAUAGCAAUGAAGUCAUUAGUUUUUUGUCAAAUCUAUCCGCCGUACUAGACCCUAGUUAUCGGCCAGGAGAUUCGCGAAGCCCCAUAGUUCCAUCUUUGAAGCUUUCUCCUCGUCCAGGCGGGCAACAACGCCUCCAAUCUUCCCCUUUGCCGGAGCAACUCCAUCAGGAAAUGGAAAGAUUGAAAGAAGAGUUGCAGGCUGCUCAAUUCAAAAUUGUUGAGCAAGAAGCUUUGUUCGUUAAGCGGGAAGCUCUAUUAGUAAAGCAGAACGUUUUUCUAUUUGAGGAGAAUGCUAGGCUGAAUAAGCAACUUACUGAGCUGGCUGAGCAAAUUACUGAACAGACCAGGAUCACGAACGAGCUGGUACAGACCUACCAUCAGAUAAACAAAGGGCUAGUUGCAGUAAACCGUAGUGAUGAGGAGCUUAAGCAGGCCAAAGAACAAGAAUUGAUUGAUGAAAAAAUUAGAAUUAAUGACCUGCAAACAGUCGAACAAACAAAUCUCGACCACGAAGGUAACGAUGACAAUAAUGGUGCUGAUGGUAAUAAUAACGAUGAUGGUAAUGACAAUGAUAAUGAUGCUGGUGGUAAUAAUGAUGAUAACGAUAAUGACAACAAUGAAAAUGAUGCUGGUGGCAACAAUGAUAAUGAGGCAGAGAGAGAUGGUGAUGGUGACGAUGGUGAGGGUUAUAUUGAUAACUAUGAUUGGGAGGCAGAAUAUUCCAAUCCAGACAAUAUGGCUGUCGGUAUUAUGGGCUUGAAAGUACCUGCUAUGCCCUGCAAUGGCAAGUACUAUCAAGUCUAUAAUAAGGUGAGAUUUUCUGCCAUCCAGUGGGAAAAUAUAAUUCAAAACCUCGGGGCAGGGAGACAUCACUGCUCUCAAUGUAACGUUAAUGAGAAAACUUGCAACAUCAAGCACCAUGUGUGGAUACAUCACUUUGGAGGUGGCUUCUUUUGCAACAAGUGUAAGUUGCGCCAUUCGCAGCUACCAGCAGUCGUCAAGCACGAAAAGAAGUGCAAAGGGCAGGUCCACACAUGUCCAAAGUGUGCGGAGAAGUUCGGGUCUACAUAUUACGCUCUCCAGCAUCAUCGAAAAUGUACACCGGACCUUCCAGUGCCGAAAGCGCUGAACAAGCAGCGUAGGCGCCAUCGUUAAAAUAAUCGAAGUUCAAGUAAUUGAUGAUAAAAAUUUACGCAGAAGAUUUUAGGCGAAUGAUUAUCAGCUGACGACUUACGUUAAACUUUUCAUAUGCACGAUACCAAUGAAACUUGACCAUGGAUGGAAUCAAAACCAACUCAAUAUUGAAAACUUACAUCAACUUGACAACAAUUGAUUUUUUUUUUAAAUUAAUUCAAAUUAAUUAUCGAUUGAUAAAGUUCACCGAUAGCAUCGAAGUUCAUCGUUCUAAUUCUAAUAAUUGAAAGAAAAGAACCGCAGAGAAAAUAAAGAAACAAUCAUUAAAAAUGUAGAGCAAGUUCUAUGUACUAAAAUGGAAGUAUUAUUUCCAAUGAAAAUAAUUAAAAUUGACCUGAGACAUUAGAAUAUAAAUAAAAUGCCCUUGCGAAAUAAUUUGGCGCAGUUUUUUAAUGCGUUGAUGAUAAUUGUAUUUAAAAUAAAAUAAAAUAUAUAUAUAUAGCAAAUGAGAAUUUCAUCAUUAUCGAU